AGAGAGAGAAUGACUCCCUGAUGGAGGAAGGCAAAGCGCCUAAUGGACAUCAAAACAGCAGUUUGGGCAACAGACCCAACAAGGUCACCAAUCUCUACUAGCACCAGAUUCUAGUGUUUGGAGAAUGCAAGACAUCCAGUGACUCCUGAACAAAAAAACUUUCUUCAGACUUUUUGGAUCAAGUCUCAGAGAUGGACUACCAGCUGAACAGACAGGACCAAUGUGAGUUUGAGAAAGUGGCCGUUUACUUCUCCGAGGAAGAGUGGAGCUGUUUAAGUAGAGAAGAGAAGGAGCUUUACGUAGAUGUGAUGAUGGAGAAUUAUCAGAACCUCAUGUCUCUGGGAAGGAUUCAUAUGACGCCUUUGAUUAUAUCAGCGAUUGAACGAGGGGAAGAGCCGUAUGUGAGGAAUCCUCUGCAGGAUAGUCUUUUGAAUACUGGUCCAGGUUGUUCCAUAAGCAGAAGUCAUCCGAAAGUACAUGACAAGAACAGAAAUACAAUAAGCAAGACUAUGAAUAAAUAUUUUAAUAAAAGGACCAAAGACUCCAAUUCUCAAAAAUCAAGAAAUCCCUCAGACUCCUGUAUGUCUACAAAUGAGAGAGUAAAAAAGGAAACAAAAUAUUUCCCAUGUUCUGAGUGGUGGAAAUGUUUUAACUGUUAUUCAAAAUUUGUUGUUCACAUCAGGACUCAGACUGGAGAGAAACCGUUUGCAUGUUCUGAAUGCGGGAAAUGUUAUAGCCAGAAUUCACUUCUUGUUAGACAUCAGAGAACUCACACAAGACAAAAACAUUUCUCAUGUUCUGAAUGUGGGAAAUAUUUUAGUCGUAGAUCAGAUCUUGUUACACAUGGGAGAACACACACUGGAGAGAAACCGUUCUUAUGCUUGGAAUGUGGGAAAUGUUUUAGUCAGCAUGCAAAUCUUGUUACACAUGGAAGAACACACACUCAAGAGAGAGCUUUCUCAUGUUCUGAAUGUAGGAAAUGUUUUGUUAGUAAAUCACUUCUUGUAAGACAUCAGAGAACUCACACAGGAGAAAAACCUUUUGUAUGUUCUGAAUGUGGGAAAUGUUUCAGCCGACAUGAACUUCUUGUAACACAUGGGAGAACGCACACAGGAGAGAAACCGUUUUCAUGUUCUGAAUGUGGGAAACGUUUUAGUCAGCAUGCAAAUCUUGUUACACAUCAGAGAACACAUACACAAGAGAGACCUUUCUUGUGCUCUGAAUGUGGAAAAAGUUUUAGUCAGCAUGCAGUUCUUGUUACACAUCAGAGAACACACACAGGAGAAAAACCUUUCUCAUGUUCUGAAUGUGGGAAAUGUUUUGUCAGUAAAUCAGAGCUUAUUACACAUGGGAGGGCUCACACAGGGGAAAAACCUUUCUUGUGUUCUAAAUGUGGGAAAUGUUUUACCCAGCAAUCACAUCUUGUUAGUCAUCAGAAAACUCACAAAGGAGAGACAUUUGGUGAUGUUAUGAAAGUGGGAAAUAAUAUAGUCAGCUCUAAGGUUUAAUGAAGCAUUAUAUUAACAUCUUGUAUUGUGAAUAUGAG